CCCCCUCCCCCCGGGUGCUUGUUCCAUGUCUGUGUGACCGGUCCCAGGGGUAGAGUCCAGGCCCGAAGUGGGGCGGGCCGGCGGCAGCGGCUGGGGUGAGAGGCGGCGGCGGCGCGGGCACCCGGCCCCCCAGCGGGAGGAUGAAGCGGCGGAACGCCGACUGCAGUAAGCUCCGCCGCCCCCUAAAGCGGAACCGAAUCACCGAGGGCAUCUACGGCAGCACCUUUUUGUACCUGAAAUUCCUGGUAGUGUGGGCACUUGUGCUUCUGGCAGAUUUUGUCCUGGAGUUCAGGUUUGAAUACCUGUGGCCAUUCUGGCUUUUCAUCAGAAGCGUCUACGAUUCCUUCAGAUACCAGGGACUGGCCUUCUCAGUAUUUUUUGUUUGUGUAGCGUUCACGUCAAAUAUAAUAUGUCUGCUCUUCAUCCCCAUACAAUGGCUUUUUUUUGCUGCCAGCACAUAUGUAUGGGUUCAGUAUGUAUGGCACACAGAAAGAGGAGUAUGUUUGCCUACAGUGUCCUUGUGGAUACUCUUUGUUUAUAUUGAAGCAGCAAUUAGAUUUAAAGACCUCAAAAAUUUUCAUGUAGACCUUUGUCGUCCAUUUGCUGCUCACUGUAUCGGGUACCCAGUGGUGACAUUGGGCUUUGGCUUCAAAAGUUAUGUAAGCUACAAAAUGAGGCUAAGGAAACAAAAGGAAGUUCAGAAAGAGAAUGAAUUUUACAUGCAGCUUCUUCAGCAAGCCCUCCCUCCAGAACAGCAGAUGCUACAGAAGCAAGAGAAAGAGGCUGAAGAAGCAGCCAAAGGAUUACCUGAUAUGGAUUCCUCGAUCCUUAUACACCACAAUGGUGGUAUCCCAGCCAACAAAAAACUCUCUACAACAUUGCCAGAGAUAGAAUACAGAGAAAAAGGGAAAGAAAAGGACAAGGACGCCAAAAGACACAACCUUGGCAUAAAUAACAACAAUAUUUUACAACCAGUAGACUCUAAAAUACAAGAAAUUGAGUAUAUGGAGAACCAUAUCAAUAGUAAAAGAUUAAAUAAUGAUCUUGUGGGAAGUACAGAAAAUCUCUUGAAAGAGGACUCAUGCACUGCUUCCUCAAAAAAUUACAAAAAUGCCAGUGGAGUUGUGAACUCCUCACCUCGAAGUCAUAGCGCCACAAAUGGGAGCAUUCCUUCCUCAUCUAGUAAAAAUGAGAAGAAGCAGAAAUGCACUAGCAAGAGCCCAAGUACACACAAGGACUUAAUGGAAAACUGUAUUCCUAAUAACCAGCUGAGCAAACCGGAUGCACUGGUAAGGCUGGAACAAGACAUCAAAAAGUUAAAAGCUGACCUGCAGGCCAGCAGGCAAGUGGAACAAGAGCUGCGAAGUCAGAUCAGCUCCCUCUCAAGCACCGAGCGAGGAAUCCGCUCAGAAAUGGGCCAGCUGCGGCAGGAGAAUGAGCUGCUGCAGAACAAGUUACACAAUGCUGUGCAGAUGAAGCAGAAAGACAAGCAGAAUAUCAGCCAGUUGGAGAAAAAGCUGAAAGCUGAGCAGGAAGCACGAAGCUUUGUAGAAAAGCAGUUAAUGGAAGAGAAAAAAAGAAAGAAGUUAGAGGAAGCUACUGCUGCUCGGGCUGUUGCCUUUGCUGCUGCAUCUAGGGGAGAGUGUACCGAAACCUUACGGAAUCGGAUCAGAGAACUAGAAGCAGAAGGCAAGAAGCUAACAAUGGACAUGAAGGUGAAAGAAGACCAGAUCAGAGAACUAGAACUCAAAGUUCAGGAGCUUCGGAAGUAUAAAGAAAAUGAGAAAGACACUGAGGUACUGAUGUCAGCCCUCUCAGCUAUGCAAGAUAAAACACAGCAUCUGGAGAACAGCCUAAGUGCAGAGACUAGAAUCAAGCUGGACCUGUUCUCUGCACUCGGGGAUGCAAAGCGACAGCUGGAGAUUGCCCAAGGACAAAUCCUUCAGAAAGACCAGGAAAUCAAGGACCUAAAACAGAAGAUAGCCGAAGUCAUGGCCGUCAUGCCCAGCAUAACAUACAGUGCUGCCACCAGCCCCCUCAGCCCUGUUUCCCCCCAUUACUCUUCCAAAUUUGUGGAAACCAGCCCCUCUGGACUUGAUCCCAAUGCCUCUGUUUACCAGCCCCUGAAGAAAUGAAGGCCAGCUGUGUUUUACCCAACCAUUUGGUUACCAGAAGGCAUCACAAAGGAGCGUCUCUGGCAGUCAAGAUAAAAAAAGUUUAUAUUGUAUUUUGUGGGACUAUAUACGUUGUCAUUUUUUAAAAGUGGGGUGGGGAGAGACCAUCCAAGUCCAAUUAGAACUGCCCAUCAGUUUUUCUUGUAAAUUUUUAGAAGACCUCACAGAACUUUGCAGUUUAUUUUUCUCGGCCAACACAUUAAAACCAUUCUUGGAUUUCAAGUA